UCUAUAUGUUUACGUUGAUUUCUUUAAGGAACCUACAGAUUCGUCUGAGAGUUUCGGUGUUUUUGUCGUGCAAAACUGAAAAAGUGUUCAUAAACUCCAUCUGCGAAACCAAAACACAGGGCAACGAAGCCAUAGUAGCCUUUCUGGAUGUCAAAAUGGCAUAUGACUCUGUCAACACGACAAAACUUUUGAACAUCUUGACGAACCUACAAAUACCCAGGAAAAUCAUUUCAUGGCUCUACGAAUAUCUCCGACAUCGAGUCAUGCGUCUGGAAACUGAAAACGGUGAAAUAGAAAGAGUAGUUUCAGAAGGGCUCCCACAAGGUUGUCCUGUAUCACCAAUUCUAUACAAUUUCUACACUGCAGCCUUGCAUGAGCUAAGCGAUGACUCAUGCGAGCUAGUACAAUUCGCAGACGACUUCGCUGUGAUCGCGAAAGGGGACACACUCGAACUAGCUGAACAAAAUCUAAACAGAUUCCUCAAUAAAUUGGCUGACCGACUAAAGGAACUUGACCUACAUAUAAGUCCGCAAAAAUCCGCAGUGGUACCCUUCACAAGCAAACGUGUUGACCAUUUGAGAAUAAAAAUUGGAGGACAAACGGUCGAAAUAGUAAAUACACACCUCUACCUUGGAUACAAAAUGGACCGCACACUGCGACACCGGAAACACAUCGAGGCCGUCAUACGAAAAGCAAGCGAAAAGUUAAACCUGCUAAAACUGCUAGCAAAAGGCACCGAAGGAGCAAAUCCAGAAACAUUGAUAAAAGUCGGGAACGCUAUAAUCCGUAGUAGAAUCGAAUAUGGAGCCUCUUCCUAUGGCAACGCAGCGGACACCAUUUUGAACAAACUCCAAGUUCUCCAAAACAAUUACAUCCGUAUAGCAAUGAAAUACCUUCGAAGCACCCCUGUCCAUGUGCUUCUAGCGGAAUCGGGACAGUUACCAAUAAAGCAUAGAAUUGAAGCUCUAACCAAAAAGGAGAUGAUAAGAAGCAUGUACCACAAAACACCACUGAUACGUUUCAUCAGCAAAACAUUAUCGAUGGAAAUGCCAAAUGGAUCUUUCUUCUCUGAAUUGGCAAUCAAACACAUGGACGUUCUCUACCAAGUACAUCCUUCAGACAAAAGUGUAGCGUGGGAAACGCGAAUGAAAUUCUUCCACAACUUCGACCUGAAGGAUAUCGUGCAACCUACCAUUAGUGAAAACGAUUACAAAAAAACUGAACAUAGUAGACUAGUAUGGCAAAAACUUUUUGAGGAAGUAAAUGGAACCAAGUAUAAGGACCACAAACGUAUAUAUACAGAUGCCUCGAAGACGCCCAGAGGAACUGCAUGGGCCAUAUAUGACGAAGGAGAUCGUUCAGUAAUCGCGGAGAACAUCAACAACAACUAUUCUAUUAUGAAUGCAGAAUUGCAAGCUAUAGCCAAAGCAAUUGAACACGCAAAAAUGAAAAACUAUGGAAAGACAGUCGUUUUCACUGAUUCAAGAAGUGCAUGUAAAUCGCUAAUGAACAACACGUCACUCUUUGAGAAUUUUAUUGUAUAUAACAUUUACAAGGAUAUAAAAGAUAUGCGAAGAGGGGCGUUAAAAAUCCAAUGGAUCCCCAGCCACACCGGCAUUCAAGGAAACGAAAUAGCUGAUCAAGCGGCAGUCUCUAAAACGUAUGACAAACAAACGGAACAUAUUGGUAUAACACUCGGUGAUGCACUCGCUCUAAGCCAGAAGGAGAUCUGGUAUGAUUGGUCGGAAGCGUACAAGGCACUAUCCAAUUCUAAAGGACGAUGGCACUACGAAAUACUCAAAACACCUGAAAGGAAAAUAUGGUUCAAGGAUCUGACACUAAGGAAAAAUCAAAUAAAAAUUUUAAACAGAAUUCGCUCUGGACAUACCUUCACGAAAGAAAGAAGGGCGUUGUGGCGCCUCGAGGAUGAUGAUUGCUGCGAAAUCUGCUUAGAACGAGAAGACCUAAAACAUGCACUCUACAUCUGCCCAAAAUACAGGAACUAG